ACCACUUUGUUGCCUAAAUAGGGAGAGGAGUCCACGGGCAGCGGCGAUCUGUUGGGAGACGUAGCAGCCGCGGCGGCGGAAGAGGCAGAGGCCAAGGCAGCAGGACACCAGAUGCAGGAGGCAGGAGCCGCCCAAAGAAGCAGUGCAGAGCUCUGUCGUGGGACUUUGCCCUGGCUGAACAGAACCCGCAGGCCAGCCACACAACAUGGAAGACUUUUUGCAGCGCGCCAAAACAAAGCUGAGUCGCAAUAAACAUUUGGAUAAAGUACAUGUAGUCCUUGGAAAGAAAUCCUGUGAUUUGGAUUCACUUAUUUCUGCUUUAGCUUAUGCCUACUAUCUUGAAAAGGUCAGUCCACCUAACAUCGCAUGUUUGCCAGUACUGAAUAUAUCAAGAAGAGAAAUCUGCUACCACACAGAAACUAGACUUAUUUUGGAGGAGCUGAAUAUUCCAGAGUCUCUCUACAUCUUCCGUGAUGAAAUCAAUUUGUAUCAGCUGAACAGCGAAGGGAAAUUGUUUCUAACACUGGUGAGCAGCAGUACACUGACAAGUGAAGAUAAAAAUUUAGAAUCAGCUGUUGUCAAAGUCAUCAUCCCCGAAGAGCAAAAUGAUGGCAAUCUGGAGUUGUUAGAAUCCGCUUCCUGUCUUGUAGCAAAAGAACUUCUACAAAAGGCACCAGAGUUAAUCACUCAGCAACUGGCUCAUCUCCUCAGAGGGAGCAUUCUCUCAAAAGUCAUGGAUGAAGAUACCCCCAAAAUUCCUGAAGAACAGGAAGAAGUUCUUUCACGUUUGGAGGAGAUAUUCCCAGAACUUUUACCCCGAAAAGACAUUAUCACCUUCUUUCAGGAGGCACAGUUGCAUGCUGACGAGCUGAGGAUUGAAGAAGCUUUGGUCAAGGAUCUCAAAGAGGUGUCAGAUGGAGAAAUAAAAGUAGCAGUUAGUACCAUAUAUAUCAAUUUAGAGGAUUAUCUGUUUCAUAGAAAUAUCAAUCAAGACCUGAAAGCAUUUGUAGAUAAAUACGGUUUUGAUGUCCUUGUCAUUUCGGCCAGCUACUUAACAGAAGGACAAGAAAAAAAGCAAAUAGCAGUUUAUUCAGAAAACAUGGAACUAGGAAAUCAGAUUUGUUGUGAAUUAGAAGAAUGUCAGAAUCCAUGCCUGGAACUGGAUCCUAUGGAAUAUGGAUGUGACCAACUUCUCAUUUACCAACAAGAUAAUUAUAUAGCAAAUGGUGAUGAAAUUUUUUUGCUAAUGAAAGAUGUUAUCAGCAGGAGACAUCCUGAAAUGGCACCAAACAGUAGAACAUCUUCCACUGAAGCUGUUGCUGGAAGUGCUCCACUUUCUCAAGGAUCUUCUGGUAUUAUGGAACUAUAUGGUUCAGACAUUGAACCACAACCAAACGUUGUCAACUUUAUAGAAAACCCUCAGGAUCAUAAUGGAUCAGCCCAAGCCCAUGCUGAUGUUAAUAUAGAUCUUGUGAGUCCAGACAGUGGACUUGCUACUAUUAGAAGCAGCAGAUCAUCUAAGGAGAGCUCAGUUUUUCUUAGUGAUGACAGUCCAGUAGCAGAAGGAGGUGUGUCUCAUCACAGUUUUCUUUCUGGAUUUGACUCUUAUAGUCCCAUUCCUGAAGGAGCAGUAGCUGAAGAAGAAAAGCCUCCAUCUAGAAAUUGCAGUGACAAUUUUGAUCUUUUCAAUUUUGAUUUAGCACCUAUGACAUCAAUUCAGACAAUGUCUCCACAUUCAGUGGACUGUUCUGCGGAUGAUUUCUCCCAUGACAGUGGUUCAUCAGAAGAACAGUUGUCAGCUAAUUCAAAAGCAGAUGACAAGGCAAAUCUAUCAGAAUGUGACACUGCAAAUUAUUCAAUAGACUUACAAAGACGAAGCGAAGAAGAUGAUACAGUGACAUUGAAUGAAUCUGGCCACCAAGAAGAAAAUCACAGAGAUUUUUCUGAAAAAAAAUCAAGUUUGAUUGACUUAGAAAAUGAAUUUUCCUCUUGUCCAGAAAUAUUUAAAAGUGCUGAGAGAAGAACUCCACCAACCCCAAUGAAUAGCCUUGUGGAAACAUCACCUUUAGAUAGUGGGCCACCUUUAUUUUAUCCACAAGAUAUAAUUAAAAGAAUUAAUGAAAUUGAUCAUGUGAAAAAUCCUCAUUCUCGUAUUAGAUAUGGGAGCUGGUGGGAUGGUUUUGAAUUAGAUUCCAAAAAUGUUGAUACAUGGAAUUCAACUGAACCUGAAUCUGUAUUUCAGAGUCCUGAUUCAUGGAAAGAUUAUAAAGUAAAUCUGUUAUUGAGACAGCAAACUGAGAGAAGAGCUUCAGAUUCAGCAUGUAUACAAAAGCAACCAAAGCAUAUGGAAUUUUCAAGAGCAGAUAUUUGGAAAAAACCAUUUAGUCCUGCCCAAAAUACUUUGGAAUAUCAACAAAAAGAUGAAGAAGAGCAAAUGGAAGAGUUUGCUAAUAUGUGGAACUCCAGUCAACCAGUUUCUGGACCAUGGAAUAAUAGUGGACAUAUAAAGACAAAUUUCCCUAAUGUUUGGACAGAAUUUGAUCAUGAUAACUCAUGGAAUGUUCCUCAAGUGAAUUUGGAUCACUUUUCACAAAAUUUUGAUACACAUUCUAUGUCUAAAUGUUUGCUGGAAUUCUCUGUUGAUAAUCCAAGUGAAAAUCCAAAGAAUCAAAUAGAUUUAAGAUCUCAAAACAACAGGCAGGGUAGUUCAGUAGAAAAUCACAGAGCAUAUAAAAAUGCAAAGUCUGAUUUUGAUAAUUUGCAGAAAGAUGUUAAAUUGAUUAUGGAAAACCACAGUGACACUAAUUCCAGACAGUUUGAUAAUACCACUGUAUGGGAUGCGUGUGAUUCAAACAUCAGAAAAGAUAUGCUUGGAAACCUUGCUUCUUGGGAAGAUCCCUUCCUGUCAUACAAAGAUGCAGAGUUUGUCCCAUCAAAUACUUGUGAAGAUCUGAUUGUCUCUCCACCAGAUACAAACUAUUCAACAUCUGAUUCAUAUGUAUCACCCACAGGGGUUGGAGAUGAAAAAGAAAGUGAGGACAAACAUUCUGAUAGAGAGCCAACGUUUGACCAAAUAAUAAACUCAAAUUCAGAUGAAACUGCAACAGAAAUGUAUGAUUUAGCAGAUAAUAAAUCAUUGCCACAGACAUUUCCUGUAUGUUCAUCUGAUUACAGUGAAGCUCGGAAACUAACCUUUAAUAAUGAAACACCAACAGAAGUUGAACAUUCUGAGUGUAAUAUAAAAGAUGCUGUUGUACUUGAUUCAGAAAAAAAAGAUACAGUGCCUUUUUCAGGUGACUAUGAUGUUGAUGACAGUAGCCCUUCUGAAAACUAUGAAAUGAUGUUGGUUCCUACACAAAAAAAUAGUAGUUCCCCACCAUGUAGUAUCAUACACACAAUAGAAGGAAAAGGUGAGAGGAAUAAUGAAAUCGUUCUUGAAGACACAGGAUUUCCUUGUUUGGACCCAAGUGAUACAGAGAAUGCCAUUUUAGUUAAUUAUCAAUUUAAAGGGAACAACCAGUCAGAACAAGAAAGUAAGCUUUUGAAUAAGCAAUUUGACCAAAAGGCUGAACAUCUCCAGCACAAUCAAGAAAUUGCAUUGGAGGAUAAUAGCUUAACUUACUCCUCAGCACUAGAAGUCAUUGAAAAUAAAACUGCUAUAGGAUCAGUCACCCUUAAUGAUGUUAGAAAUGAAACAUUGCAAAAUGACAACAUGCCAUUGUCACUUUUACUACCUCUUUCAUAUGUUAAUAGUUCAGAAGAAAGCAGGACAAUUUCUGAUUAUCCCAGUUCACCAGAAAAAACAAUAACUAGUGGAAGUCUGGAAGAAGUAGCAGCAGAGUCACCAGAAGUAAGUGUACCAUUUUCCGAUUGGACUCAACUUGUCAAGGAGGAAAAGAAGGAAGUAUCCUCAGAUAGUAGUGCAAAACAUUUUGUUUCGUCUCCCAAAGAAGAUAAUAAUUUGGAACAUUUUAACAUGGUUGAUCAUCUAAACUACCAUUCAGAGGGGGUAUCUACACCAGUUUCUAAACCUUUUGAUAAAGAUCUAUCUGCACAAAAUAUUCCUGACAUGGAAAGUCCCUCUCCAAUUUCUCCUAGAGAAGAAUGUAAUCAAACAAAGCAUUCUCCAAUAAUGGUUGAAAACCAAAGCAUGAUUAAUAGAUCAGAAAUGAACACUUCAGAAUCAGAACCACCAAAUCUUUUUUUGCGUGGUGAAGAUCCACCAUCAAUAGGAGAAGAGUCAAUACCUAACUUGAACACUGAUAAAUUUGAAUUGGAAAGUUAUGAAGACGAUUCAGAAAUGGUGAACACUGAAGACACAACUUCAAAGAAUAAAAAUCAAGGAAUUCCACAGAAUUCAUAUACAGAAUAUAUUGAACCCCUGGAUACAACAGAUAUGCCACAACCAAAUAAUUCAUUACUGUAUAAAACUGAUUCUUCUGAAAUAAGUGAAACUUCUGGAAGUCUGGAGAGUGAGAAUGAGUUCACUCAUGAAAAAUGUAUUGAUAUUAUACUGCAUCAUGAAUUGUCCCAAAUCCUUGAUGCUUGGAAUAUAUCAGUGAGUGAAGAGAUUCAGUUUGCUGGACUAAGCCCCAUGAAGAAUGAAAUGUCAGAAAUAUCAAGUAACUCCCCUGCAAAUAGUUCCCUCAAAAAUACCUGUGAGGAAGAUAAUAGCAGUGGUGGUUCCAUUCAUGAUGAUAUAUACUCAAGCCCAACAAGCCCAGAUAUAAGUGAUUCUUCAACUAAUAUACAUACCAGGGAGAGUUUUCAAGGAGCUAAUAAUCAGAACAAGAGUGAAGGUACAUGGGACAUUACAAAUGAUAUCAAAAUAGAUGAAUCUGGGAAGGAAUCCCUUGAAAAUAAAAGCCCAGAAGAUUCUGAAACAAACACUGAUCACAAAGUUCCUAAAAACUUAGAUCUUUGGAAUGCUCAUGUGGAUGAUGAUACAUCUUCUUUAUCAAGUCCUGGAAUAGAUGAAGGUUCAGAAUAUUCAAAUCCAAAUCAGGGAGGAAUAGAGUCAGAUUUAGACUCUGACAAAUUGGAGGAUGACAUGAGAAAGCAGGAAUCGUUGCAGUUCCAUGAAACAAAUCUUAUAGUUGAUUCAAAAAAUUCAAAUGCUCAGCCUAAUUUGAAGGAAAAUGUCCACAUGGAUGCAUUAAAUAAAUCGUCUGAAGAUGUUAAUAUUUUAAGAGAAGGCUAUGUCCGUGAAACAUCUGAAUAUUUUAUAGAAAGGGAAAUAGAUCAGGAUAAUGUACUUAAUCACAUUACAGAAACAUCUGCUGUAAAUAAUGAAGAAAUUUACAGUCCAAAUAAUUUAGAUGCCUGGGAUAUUCUGUUGCAAGAUAAUGCAAAAAAUGCAUUAGAUGAAAAUAAAAAAUUCAAAGGAGAAUGUUUUGGAUUUCCAGAUGAUAAGUUAGAAUGGUGGAAUUUGGAAAAACAAGGUGAGAGUUCACUUGGAUUGAAUUCUAAGAGUGAAAGUAACUCUACAGGAGUUAUCCCUGAUGAUGCAUGGGCAGUAGAUCCAAAAAGAAAUGAAAAUGUCAAACAACCAAAUCUUAUAGCUACUUGUAGAUAUGAAAAAAAAUCUACACAAUUUAAAAAUGAGGAACAUGUACUGACUCAUCAGUAUGAAGGAUCAGAUCAAGGUAGUGCAAACACUGGAGAAUAUGAUGGACUACCAUGGCCACAUAUUGAUGAAACAGAGAGAAGACAAGAACCCUCUCUUAAUACUGUUAAACAAACUGUUCCAGAAGACUGGCAGACAAGCCUGUUAAAUGCAGUUGCUCAGGGAGAUCUAAAAGUUGGUCCAUUAAAAAAUAAUCCAAACAUAAUAACCAGAAAUCGAUUUGAUGCAAACAUAAUAAAUGAACACAGUGAAAUGCAACUAGAGACUAUUGACAAAUCUCCAUCUGAUCCUACACUAUCUUUAACAAAAUCUCUGAGCUCAACAGCUACUGAAGAAAGAAUUGCACAAGAAAAUUCAUUUGUUCCUGAUAUACUACAAAAUAGCACCCCUGGAGACUGUCAGAUAUUUAAUAUUGAUCCAGAUUUGUGGACUGAUGUUGAUCAGCCUUUCAUUUUGAGAACAAGCAGAGAAAACCCAGAUAUAUUAAAUCACUUUGAUCAAGACAGCAGUUCACAGGCCUCAAGCAGUCCUGAUGUUUGCCAGUAUGAAAGCAAGGAAACAUGUGCACAAACUUCUGUUCUAGCUGAGCACGAGGAGCCCAAUGAAAUGUCCCCCAUAAUGUUAGAAGACACUGAUUUUCAUUUUAAUCACCAACUGGCAAUUGACAGAGAGGAAUUAUGUCCUGAAGAAAACUGUUCAUGUCUUUCAAAUAAUUAUGAGAUAAUCUACCAAGGAAAAUCUCCUACAAGUGAUGAACCAUCUGAAAUUGAAGAAGAAAAUAUUAUUCAGGAAUCUGUUUUGCCCACAGAUAGUUUUAUAUGCGAUAAUUUUCCUGGAAAUGAUCAACUUUCAGCCUUUGACCAUGUAACAGCAUCAGCUGAACAGCUGAAAACAGUGCAUACUACAAUUGAUAACACUGGAAAAGAGUAUAGUAUGAAUAAGGUACCAAUGACUAAUAAUCUGUGUAUAAUGCUGAAUGAAACUAAUCCUUUGACAGCCAUCAGUGAAUCAGAGAAAACAGUAGAAAUGCAUCCAGCACUUACAAAGAAACACUCACUGCAAGCCUCAUUAGAAGAAAAGAAGGAAGAUUUCCUGUAUAAUACAGAAAGACAAUAUUCUACAGAUAGUCUACAAAACCUCCAAAAUAUGCAGGAAAACUGUAGUCCACAGUUUAUAGAAUCACCCAAUAAACAAUCCAGACUAGUAUGUGCUUCUCCAUUUGGUUUAGACACUGUUCAAAAAGAUGGCAUGAGUAUUUCAGGAUCUAACACUACUGUUAUAAAAGAUGAUAUUGCAGAAUAUUCUCAACAGGGUUGGGAAUCCCUGUUACUAGAAUCUGAUGCAACUCCUGGAUCUUCAUCUACUUUGAAAGUAUUUGAGUUUGAAACAGACUCAAGUAAUAUUGAAUCCCCAGUUGGCAGUGAAAUUGACAUUCCGGAAUCUAAAGCUACUGGUUUGAAAAAUGAGAUUGCAGAAGAUCAAGAAAUUCAAGGCUGGGAGUCAUUUUUAUUAGAAUCUGAUGAGUUAUUACAACCUUCAUGUGGUUUUAAAAAACCUGUGUAUGAAAUAUAUUCAAAUAGUAUUGAUUCACCAGUUAGUGACAAUGAAAGUAAUCUUUCAGAGAAGAAAUCUGAUGUUGUAAAUAGCAAGGCUGGAGAAAGUUCUGAAGACUGGGGUUCUUUAUUGUUAGAGUCUGAAGUAAUUCCCGAGUCAACAAAUUAUUUGAAAGAAUGUGAAUACGAAGCAGAAUCUACUCAUAUUGAUUCACCAGCAGGUGGAGUCAUAAGUGUAGCCAAUGAAGCUAUCUGUGAUGUGUUUAAUUAUGAUAGUCAAGUGGCCAAGUUCCCAGAUAGGACAACAAAGGGCAAUAAGGAAGAUACACAAUUACAGGAAGCUGAAGAACAGUCUUUAGAAAUGGAUUAUGUGCUCAUUAGUGGUGAAGAAAAUAAAUCUUUGACAAAAGACAUUUUGGUAACACAAGAAAGCAAUUUCCUUUCAGCAGUUGCUGAACAAAUGGAUUCUCUUGAAACAUUUUCAGCAGAGUCCUCGGAUACAUUACAGUCAAUCUCCAUAAUAAAUGAAAGUGAAGGGCAGUCUACUCUGGAGAAUGAAUGGGACUCUUUUUAUUUAGAAGAAAAAAGUUCUCCUGUUGUGCCUCAAAAAUCAGAAGAUGAAAAGAAAUCACCCAGCAUCCCUGUACAAGACCAGGAAUGGACUAUGGUAGGCCAAAAUGGAGAGCAUGAUGUAUCACCUGAAGAUAACUGUAGUAAGCCAGUCACAAUAGAGUCACUGUGCAGACAAUCUAUUAAAGAAUUAGACAAUGUUUUAAGCCAGGAACUGAUCUCUGAGACCCAAGCUGAAAUUCCACUAGAUAAAAGCCCUCACCAAGCCUGGGAACAAGAGGACAAGAUAUCAUGUGGUACAAAAACAGAUGCUCCUUUAUUGCAAGUGGUUGCUACUGAUGCUGAACUGGAUGAUCAUCCACAACAACCUCCUGGAGACAGCAUGGUAAAAGAACAAGAAAUGGAAGAUGAGACCCAGUUUGUUGGCAAUGAAAGAGAGCUCAAUCAAACAGUAGGACUAGUACCAGAGGAUGUGGGAAUGGACAUCCUUAAUAAGGCCAUGCUAGAUUCCACUGCAAUAGAAAUGCGACCUGAACCUCCCAAUUCACUAGACCUUAAUGGCUCUCAUCCCAGAAGGAUAAAGCUCACUGCUCCAAAUAUCAAUCUCUCUUUGGACCAAAGUGAAGGAUCUGUCCUUUCUGAUGAUAACCUGGACACUCCAGAUGAAAUUGAUAUCAAUGUAGAUGAUCUUGACACACCAGAUGAAGCAGAUUCUUUAGAAUAUGCUGGACAUGAAGAGCAACCAGCCAUUAAAGAACUUUCUCAAGAGGAAUCUGAAUCCAUCCCAGAAUAUACUGCUGAAGAAGAACGGGAAGACAGCAGGUUAUGGAGAACUGUUGUUAUUGGAGACCAGGAGCAGAGGAUUGAUAUGAAAGCAAUUGAACCUUAUAAAAAGGUUAUUUCUCAUGGAGGAUACUAUGGUGAUGGCUUGAACGCCAUCAUUGUGUUUGCUGCAUGUUUUCUACCGGAUAGCAGUCAAACAGAUUAUACCUACGUCAUGGAAAACCUUUUUCUAUAUGUAAUAAGUACUUUGGAGCUCAUGGUUGCUGAAGACUAUAUGAUUGUUUACUUAAAUGGAGCAACCCCAAGGAGAAGGAUGCCAGGACUUGGAUGGAUGAAAAGAUGCUACCAGAUGAUUGACAGGCGAUUAAGGAAGAAUUUGAAAUUAUUCAUCAUAGUUCACCCCUCUUGGUUUAUAAGGACAAUUCUAGCUGUGACACGGCCUUUUAUAAGUUCAAAAUUCAGUAGUAAGAUACAGUAUGUCAACACUUUGGCAGAUCUUAAUGAACUAAUUCCAAUGGAAUAUGUAAAUGUCCCAGAAAGUAUUGUCAAGUAUGAUGAAGACAGAUCCAUUCAGAGAAGAGUAAGACUGGAUGAAGAGCUGAGGGAGGCAUCAGCAAAAGCAAGCUGUCUUUCAAAUGAGCCAGAAGUAACUUCAGCCGAACAGAACAUCAACACGACAAUGAAAAAUUCUUAACUCCCUUGGCAAAUUGGAGAAGAAAGUGUUGAUCCGUUUGAUGUGCCUGAGUCUUGAAGAUGGGGACGGUUUUGGCUUCUCGUCUGAGCACAAUCCUCCAGGAUCUUCUUGUGCACAAAUCUCAUUUAUUUCCUUAAAGCCCGUCUGUGCAAGAAGGGCUCCUGGUAGAUUUAACCCUUGUUCUCUGAUCACUCAGUGUUAUUCAGAGCAUUCUGAGAUUAAAAAGGAGGUGGCUGCUACUGCCAGAAUAGCAGCAGGAUGCAGGUAAUGACUUUGUGUAUUAUUAUAUCAGGAGUGCAUCUACAAUAAGGAAAAUUAUGCAUUUUUGAAUUCCAAAUUAUUUUGCCAUUAAUGUGCCUCACCUGUGAUUUUAUAGUGUGGUUUAGUUAUCUCUGUUGUUUUCUACAUAUUUAUGUAUUUAUGGCUAGAGAUGUUAGCUCCCAUGCAACAACACUGAGGUUCUCUCCUCUCCUCUCCUC